AUGAUCCUGUUUCAGGAUUUGUGUGAAGUAGGAGAACGAGUGUGUGAAGUUAAAGGUACUACUGGUCGUCGUAUCCUAUACGAGUUUAUACAGCGGUCUAAAGAGGGUUUAGAAUUUGAUGAGUUUUACAUAUUUAUAAGACUCGUUCUUCCGCAGUUGGAUGAUGUGAGAAAGAGUUUCGGAUUGAAGGAAGUAUUGUUGGGUAAGAUAUAUUCUGAAUUACUAUCUUUGAAUGAUACGGAGAUGAAACGGCUUCGUUAUUAUAAGGACCCCAACAAAGCUCUGGCCAAUAUCAAUACGCCUAAAGGCAUACAAGUCGGAAACUUUCCUUCUGUUCUUUACUAUACGCUAGCAUCCAGACUUUCCUGUACGGAGUCGAGCAUGACCAUGGUACAAGUCAAUGAAUGGCUGGACCUACUAUGGGGCAGCCAAGAUGACAACAAAAGGAGAUAUGAGUUGUUCCAGAGGAUCAUCAAUGAGUGCCCACCAUUGCACCACAAAUGGAUUGUGAAACUUGUAUUAAAGAAUCUGGAGUUUUCAAUUGGUUAUGAAACUAUUCUGAAAAUGAUUCAUCCGACUGGUGCAGAAUUGUAUAACAGUAAUGGACAAUUGAGGUUAACAUUGGAAGAGGUUUGGUCCAAGACCACUCCCGCUUCGCUUCCCUUGGCCGGCGGUGUGACUCGCAAUCCUAAGCCUAUGUUGGCCAAGGCCGUGUCGCUGGAGCAGGUCCCGAAUACCUGCAGGUCGCUCGUUGAUGGGAGUAUGACUGCCGUCGCGAUCGAGCCCAAAUUAGACGGCGAAAGACUGUUGUGCCGUUAUAAACGUGCUUCUGAAGACGAUGAUGUUGAGCUCCUCUUAUACACACGCAGCGGCAACAGCGACUACCCAUCAAUGUACAUACCGUACUUGAAGACCUUCUUCGAUGGCGCUAUUUCGUCCACGUGA